AUGGGGGUAUUUGUUUGGUUACCAUUCCUUUUCAACAUUGUAUAUAUUAGAUCACCUAAUAUCCAUGCAAGAAGAAUUGCAUUUGCUUCAAUGAUACUUGCAGGUAUUUAUUUCAUUGCUAUUAUCUUUACUGUCGCAAUUGCUGGAUGUGCCUUUUUCUACUAUUCCUCUGAUAACACCAUUUAA